AUGGCAUCUACAGAUUACAAACAGUACGACGUGGUGGUGGUUGGCGCCGGGCUCAGUGGCCUCCAAGCCGCUCACUGGGUGCGGGCGGCGGGCUUCAGCGUGUGUGUGGUGGAAGCAACCAACCGCGUUGGCGGGAAGACAUUAACUGCCCAAUCCUGUGAGAAAGGCUACAAUGAUCUUGGAGCAUCCUGGAUCAAUGAUACCAAUCAGAGCGAGAUGUUCAAGCUAUACGAGCGGUAUGACAUCGACACCGAGGUCCAACGCGACACUGGCGAGACUCUUAUAGAGUCGGCGGAUGGGUUAGUUACCAAAGUGCCCUUUGGGGAGCUCCCAGGAAAUUUGGAUGUCUUACUAAGGCUUCUCGCCGCGAUUCGAACUGAAUGUUCGCUGAUCGACUUGGACAACCCGACUAACUCUGCUCGCGCCAGAGAGAUUGAUCAACUCACUUUCCGAGAGUACUGCAUUCAAAAGACCCAAUCAGAAGACGCAAUUGCGCUUGCUAAUUUGCUCUCUGCAUGCCUCCUCGGCGUGGAAAGUGACGAAGUCAGUGCUCUAUACAUGCUUCUCUACUUCAAGAGUGGCGCUGGUAUCGACAACAUCAUCUCAGACCAGAAAGAUGGAGGGCAAUAUUUGCGGAACCGAAAAGGAAACCAAACAAUCUCCCAAAAGAUGGCAGAGGAGCUUGGUCCCGGCUCCGUCUUUCUCCGCAUGCCAGUCACUUCCAUUGACCAGUCGCAAGGCGGACGCUGUGUUGUUCAUACGGACGGCGGCAUGAUCUUUCGAUGCAAGAGAGUAAUUGUCUCUAUUCCUACUACUCUGUAUCAUAAAAUUGCCUUCAUACCUUCUUUGCCUGAGAAGAAGGCUACUCUGAGCGACAACACGGCGACGGGGUAUUAUACCAAGGUAAUCUACGUGUUCAAGGAGCCUUGGUGGCAAAAGGCUGGGUUCUCGGGCGUACUAGACUCAGACAAGGGACCGAUAAUUUUCACCCGAGACACAAGUAUCCCUAUGGAUGACCAGUGGUCUAUUACUUGUUUCCUGGUUGGUGAUAAAGGCAGAGACUGGUCCAAGCUACCCCGAGCCGUUCGCCUAAAGCAGGCCUGGGAGCAAUUCAGUCGAAGCUUUGGCAAAUUUGUCGACGUUCCAGUACCGACAAACAUGCUAGAAAUGGAGUGGACCAAGGAGGCUUUUUUCCUCGGUGCUCCUUGCCCGAUGACAACCCCGGGUGUGCUCACCAAGGUAGGCAAAGACCUGGCCACUCCUUUUGGACGGGUGCAUUUUGUAGGCACCGAGACCUCUCGUGAGUGGCGUGGAUACAUGGAGGGUGCUGUCCGAUCUGGACAGCGCGGAGGCACAGAGGUGGUCAAGGCAUUGUUAGCAGAACCUGCUGCUCAUCUGUGA